UUGGCUGCAGUGGCUGUCUUUGGCCCUGACAUGGCCUGAGACACUCAUGGAUGUCUCACCCUCCACCCACGAGCCCGAAGAUCCAGAGGACUACGAGGAUACCUUUGGGGAGUCCGAGGAAGAGGCCUUCGAGGAGGAUGACGAAGGUGAAGAUCAAGAGCAGACCUCCCGCGAGCGGGUGCUGCCUGGAGAGGAUCGGAGUAGAGGCUCUAGCAGAGAGUUCGAAGAGCCUGACCUGCCCUGGGCAGAGGAGGGCUACAGCGCCCAGGUAGACCCAUUGGCCCAGGAGGGUCUCCGUGACGAAGUAGAGCCAGCUCACGAAGAAGCUCACGAUCUGCCAGAAGCUCAUGAGCACCAUGCCCGCGUUCAGAGGCGCCACAGCACAGCUUCCAGCAGAGAGUUCGGAGAACCUCACCUGCCCUGGGCAGAGGACGACUAUCAAGACGACUUUGCCCAAACGCAGGAGCAGUCUGACUUGGCCCGGACGGAGGAGUCUGGCUUCAAGAUUGACCAGCAGACGCAGGAGGAGUAUCCGGAUGACUUCGCUCGGACAGAGGAGUCUGGCUUCAAGAGUGGCCACCAGACGCAGGAGUAUCCAGAUGACUUUGCUCGGACGGAGGAGUCUGGCUUUCAAAGUGCUCACCAGACGGCCGAGGAGGAGUAUCAGGAUGACUUCGCUCGGACUGAGGAGUCUGGCUUUCGGGACCAGACACAGGCGCAGCCGCCAGUGCUGUCUCGAGGGCCAAGUCCCGUCGCGCCAGAGGAGACUGCAGAGGUGAAGAAGAUGCCGGAGGAGGUCUUCGGCCAAGAGGACCUGGCCGAAGCGCUUCGGUGCUUCAAAGCCGGCGACUUCCAAAAUGCGAUUCCACUGGCGCGCAAGGCCAAGGAGUGCUGCCAUGAACAAACCCGGAGCUCUUUGCAGGAGCAUGGCGAGCUGCCGGAAGACCCCACAGAUGCGGGGGACGCUUGGAGGGCGGCGAUGGAUCGCUUAGCGGCAGCUCAUGAGACAGCGGGAGAUGUGGAGCGGGCGGAAGCCUUGUACUUGCGGAUGUUGGCUUGGAGAGAAGGAGCUGAUCAGUUUGAGGCCGGGAACUUCGAGGUUGGCCACAUGCUCUUCAAGAAGAGUUGCAGCUACAGGUCGGUGGAGGACGCCACAUGGUUCUUGCACCACGUGAAGCCGGACGAUGGGCACGUGGGACUGGAGGCUGUGGCUCUCUUGGCCUUGGGCGAGGAGGUUGCCGCCAAAGCCGCCAUCGCUGUAUGGACCUUAGCACUGAGAGCCUCUCAAAGAGAGCAGCUCACUGUAGCGGGUGCCCUGGAGCUGACAGCCAAGGCCAUCGCCUUCCACGGGAACAAUGCGGAGCUCCAGGCCGCAGGCUGCGGCCUGCUGCGGCUCCUGUGUGGCGGUCAUCGGUUGGCCGCCCGGAACCGCCGUCGCUUGGUCUUCCUGGGCGGGGUGGAGUCGGUGCUCUCAGCGAUGCAGAACUUCCCCGAGGACUGGGAGGUGGCUCGUGAAGCCUGUGGCGCUUUGCGGGCCAUGGCGCAUAAGAAUCCGGCUGGUGCCCGGCGAAUCAUCGAGAGCGAUGGCUUCAAGCAUUGCAUGGAGGCCUUAGAGCAUCCGGAUGAUGCUGUCAGCAGCCUAGCUUCCAAGGCCAUCGGGGAGCUCCAAUGUGCCGCGGAGGUGGACUUCGCUAGCACGGACGCUCACGCAGAGAACCUGCAGGCACUUUGGGAAGCUCGUUUGCGAGAGCAGCGGGAGGCCGGGCUGAAGAGUUGCUCUGAAAAGCUACGAGGCCCACUGACCCAGGGCGUCUUGCAGGCGAUCUUGGCUACCAUUUGCGUCUUCAUGGAAGAUCCGGUGCGCUACAAGUUCCUUAACAUUGUUCAGCCAGUGGUGGUUUGCAUGCAGAUGUUUCCAGGGCAUGAGAAGAUUCAGAUGCCCUCGUGCCAAAUCUUGCUGAGCCUUACCAGCAAUGAUAGCCUCAGCAAUGAACAUGAGGAGGCCAUCACCAAGUUCGCCAAGUCCGGCGGCAUCGGUCCUUUGGUGCAGGCCAUGAAGGACUUGCCCUGCCAUGUGCUUGUGCAACGCUUGGCCAUGGGUGUCUUGCGAAACUUCUUGACUGGGGGUGACAUGAACAAGACCUCGGCCGCGCGUGCCGGAGCCAUUCCAACCAUCAUUACAGCCAUGCAGCGCUUCAAAAACAACGUGUCGAUCCAAGAGGAGGCGAUCAUUUGCCUCACGAGCCUUUGCGACACUUUGGGUCGAGCCUCAGUGGCUGCCCGCCUAGGCUUGGUGGAUUUGAUCCUCACAGCGGUCAAAAGCCAAGGCUACGGAGAGAUGCCUGGCCGACUUACGGAACGAAGCUGCAUGAUCCUUUGCAUGUUUGCAGACGAUCAGAAGCUGCGGCAUGAUAUUGUGAAAGCUGGCGCAUUGGCCAUGGCGAAGCAGGUGAUCAGCCGCGCCAAGAAUCUGGACGUGCAACGCUGGGGCUGCGAACUCUUGCGCAGCCUUUCGCAAGCCAACUAAGUUAGGCCACGAGGGACGCCAGGACAGAGGGAUCGAUGAAGCCACAAUCUUGGGCGAAGUGGAGCAAAGAUGGGCAAGUGAUGGCUUUAGUAUGUGCGUAGUGGCCGACAUUUCCUGGCACAUGC